AUGGAGGACGAUCAACAUGACAGCCAACAACCGCAGCCCGAAUGGCUCAUCACCAUUGCAGAGGAACUCGAGAAAGCACGGAUGAACAACCAAGCAAUCUUCAACCGAAAAACGUGCAUUUAUAGAGUUCCUAGAUGUCUACGUGAAGCUGACGAGAAAUCCUACACCCCGAGUGUAGUUUCCAUUGGGCCUUACCACCGUCAAAAUGGCCAUCUACUCCCCAUGGAGCGCCACAAGUGGCGUGCCUUUUACCAGACCAUUAAUCGCCAUAAACAUGACUUCAAGCUCUACCUUGACUCCAUCCAAAAGCUCGAAUCAAAAGCACGAGAAUGCUAUGAGGGUGAGAUUGACCUUAACAGCAACGAGUUUGUGAAGAUGAUGGUUCUUGAUGGUUGCUUCAUCCUCGAGCUAUUUAGAGGAAUGAACAAGGGAUUUGAGAAACUCGGUUAUGCAAAAGGUGAUCCGGUAUUCUCAAUUUGUGGGUCAUUGGAUUCAAUUCGAAGGGAUAUGGUGAAGAUAGAGAACCAGAUUCCUCUAUUCAUACUCGAUGAGCUCUUAGCCUUUCAAACAUGCGAGGGUCAUGAUCCACACACACUAGUGAGAAUGGCAGUCACUUUCUUCGCACCAUUGAUUCCAACCGAUGAACCUUUCCACAAAGUUAAGGAGUUUAGCCAAUACGAUCCACUUCCCCUUCAUUGCCUCCAUCUUUUCCGAGAAAGUCUAGUCAGUAGAGAAUUAAUCUUACCAAAAAGAGCCAAAAAGUUGUGGAAGAGAAAGUUGAGCCGUAAUGUGGUAGGCAAGCCCACAACACAGGUAACCUAUUGUGUAUCUCAACUCAGAGAAACUGGGAUAAGGUUUAGAAAACGGCAGACUGACCAGUUUUGGGAUAUCAAGUACAAGAAUUCAGUUUUGGAGAUACCUCGCAUCUUAAUUCACGAGGGUACCAAAUCCAUAUUUCGUAAUCUUGUGGCAUUUGAGGAGUGUCAUCAUGAAUGCAGCAACGAGAUAACAGCUUACCUAGUUUUCAUGAACAACUUGAUAGACUCUGCCGAAGACGUAGCCUUCUUACAUUAUAAAGGGAUCAUCGAGCACUGGCUUGGAAAUCAUGAUGAUGUUGCUGACCUCUUCAACAGGCUAUGUCAAGAGGUCGUGGCAGACCUCAAUGACAGUUAUCUUUCAGGGUUGACAGAUAAGAUUAAUAAGAGCCGUGACAGUCGGUGGAGUACCUGGAAAGCAGAUCUGAGCCACAAAUAUUUCCAGAAUCCAUGGACUAUGAUCUCAGUAUUUGCAGCCAUGCUGUUGUUGCUGAUCACCGUUGUACAGUCAUUUUAUGACAUUUUUUCCUAUUACAAGCCGACUUCUUGAGUCGUGCACAUACAGAUAUAGAUGUACAUAUGUAACAAAAUAAGCACAUAAAUAAA